CUUGCGCAUCCAUAGAAGCAACCUGAAGAAGGCAUCACCUGAACUUUAAGAAAAGGAAGCGGUUUCGAACAACGGAAUAGUUUCGCAGAUGCUCGCAGCGCUAUCAGAUACACACCUGUCCGUUUUUCGGACUGCUUUAAUCGUUGUUGACAAAAGCGAAUCUCGGGAUUUGUGAUUUCGGUUCUUGUAUGAAACUGUACAUUUUCUGAGAACUUGAAAGGAUUAUUUUUCACUCAAAUUUCAUUGUGAUUUCAUUUCAUUUGAAGAUUUAUUUUAUGUGCCAUAAGCAGCUAGUCUGACCAGCCAGAAGGGGGAAAAUUUGAAUGACUGGACGUCGAGACUGCAUUGGCUGGAACUAAGGCAGGGCGGCCCUUAGAUCUCAAUCUAAGGACUAUCACCGGGCACGGUACAAUCCCUCCUUUAGGAGGUAAAUCAUUCGGAAGACGCCAUGCUUUCUUUAAAGUUCCUCUACAACACACCUUUGGGUGCUUUAGUAACAGGAUCUAGGAAAAAAAGUGAAGACAAAUCCGAUAAGGACAUUGUCCUUGCUGACCAGGAUUCCACACUAGACCUGGAUCCCUUGAGGGCGAGCUACAUACAUUCUAUACCAAGGGCCCAGUGGUUCAAAGGGGUCCUCCUCCAAGGAUACCUCGUGCAUCCAAGCAUUUUAAUGGGACUGGACGAUUUUGAUGUACGAGACGACGACGUGUUCAUCAUCACUUACCCAAAAUCAGGGACUACAUGGACAGAAGAGAUCGUAUCCCUCAUCUACAAUGACGGCAACCCCAACAAGGUGAAAAAGAAGCUGCUCAACUAUCGAGUGAGGCACCUGGAGGUGGGCAGACCCAUCGGUCACCUGCGACACCUACGCAAGGUCAAGUCACCUCGUCUUAUGGCUACUCAUCUCCCCUUACCUGUCAUCCCCAAACGUCUGAGACAAGGGAAAUGCAAAAUCAUUUAUGUGGUGAGGAAUCCGAAAGAUAACGCCGUAUCUUAUUAUCAUCAUCACAGAAUGAGCACAUUCCUGGGAAACUACAAAGGAUCCUGGGAUGAUUUUCUCUAUCUCUUCAUGAAAGGAUACCUUGUCUACGGUUCUUGGUUUGACCACGUGCUCCCUUACUGGAGGUUCCAUCAAGAGCAUCCAGACAGAAUGCUUUUCAUAUCAUUUGAAGACCUCAAACUGGAUCUUCCCGGCAUGGUGUCAAAGAUCGCCUCCUUCCUGGACCGCCCUCUUUCCCCCGACGCCAUCGAGGCCAUCUCCAACCACUGCACCUUCGAGCAAAUGAAGAGCAACAACAUGGUGAACAGAGAGGUGCUACCCAUCACCGAUCUCUUCGAUAUGACACAGUCCAAAUUCAUGAGGAAAGGCAUUAUUGGAGACUGGAAAAACUACUUCACCGAGGAACAGAACGUCGCUUUUAAUAAGUUGUACAACGAAAAGAUGCAAGGUAGUGGGUUGGAAUUAAUUUUUGAUCCCGAAGAGAUUGACAACCGGAACAACAACGGAGAGAUGGCCACCACCACCAGACUGGACAACGGACCAGUGGAAACAUAGGCGAGAGCUGGACUUAGCAUGAAGAAUUUCUUUCAAAGUCGAGCAAAACCCUCGCUUUAGUGAAUUUUCUUAAAAUGGACGGAACAAGAAUUGAAAAAACAAACAUUUACCAUUGGAAAAGCGCAACAGACAGUGUUCCAUACACAUUUUGUUGGUGGAACAGCAAUUAACGUCCAUGACAAUGUUCCACUUUGCACAUAGCAAAUAUCUGCACAUGUUUUGAAAGUUAAGCAUCUAGAGCGUGUAUAUAUCAUGGUAUUUACAAGUUUGGCAGAGAAAAAAGUGGAAGAAGUUUUGGAAAAAAGAGAAAAGAUUUUUUUUAUGUAGUAGUUCGCGUAACUUAAUAAAUGCUUUUAAAAUGUAUAAAGUUUAUCAAACAUUAUUUGGAGAUUAAAUACGUUCGAAUAUAAAAAGUCAUGAUUUUAAUUAAAUUUUUAUAAUUGUUUGUACUGUAGAAGGCAAACACUUUUUAGGUUAGUGCAGCGAUUUUAUGAACAUAUUAAAAUCGCCUGUGAGCACUUAAAAGUGUAGAUAUAUACUACUCAUAAAAAUAGCAAUAUUUGUUUAGAUUGAAUUCGCAAUCUUUGCACAUGUUUUUGUCUUAUGUCAAAAGUAAGAUAGUUGAUAAAAUGUAUAAAACUCAUGUGCUUGACUUGAAAGUAGAGGAAGGUUGCCUUAUUUGAACAUUUUAAACAUUUUUUAUAUUAGACAUAAACAUUUUUUUUCUAUUAGAGAAGUAAUAUUAAGAAACAAAAAAAGAAAAAAGAAUUCAUUGAAGUUUAUUUCUAUUUAAAAUAAUACAAUUAUCAUUUUAAGAAGUAUUUAUCAAAAGUAAAAAAUGGCAAAUUAAAAUUCUGUUAUUUAUUCAAUUAAAUUAACUAAUUUCUUAAAGUAGGCUACACAUUUCUUUAAGUACAAUUUAUUUUUAUUUUUUCUAAUUUACACUAGCACACAGUGUCCGAAUGUACAUACGAGUACUUUAUGCCUUGUAUUAUUUUUUUUCUUACCUUGUCUCCUUACAUUAAAUACAAAAACCGCAUACAUUCUUGGACAAACUUUUGAUAUCUUUAAUGUCCCUUUAUUUUGUUCUUAUUAUUUGAUUUGUUCCACUUCCAACUUAAAAUGAACACUUGUUAUUACAACUAAUCUCUGAGUUAUUCCAAUUUAGAGUGUUGUUUGUUGUCCAGUCUGAAAGUCAAUAAUAAACAUGCAAUACAAAACUAUUUAUCUUUAUUUUAUUUAAUUGCAGCAAAGGCGGAUUUCUUUUCUGAGAAUAUUGUAACAAAUUUUGUUUCUUUCUUUGAAACAGAAUGAAGACCAUUCAUUUUUUUCUCCGAGGUGUUCAAUUCAUGUUAUCAAGACACCUUUUCACAAAUCGCAUGUAGAUGUCACUUCCUUUUAAAAUUAUUUCUCAAAUCCUCCCUGCAAAAUAUCUUGCCUAUUUUACAGUUCUAUCAAUUAGAAUCGAAUUGGAUGGUAUGCCAAUAGUAGUCCCAAUAAGGCAACCCUCUCGUAUUUUGUUACAGAUAGUCUAAAUUAUGUUAACAUUAUUCCUACAUGAUGUUAAUAAACUAUCGAUUAUUUAUAAGGUUAAAAAGUGUGAAGCUUUCAUUUCGAAUCAAAUGCUUUGAUUUCCAUACAAAUACCGAAUAGAUGCAUGCGUUGUUUGUUAAUACAGUUUAAUUCAAAUCCAACUUAAACUGUUUUCUCUCUAUGUUUAUAUGAAGGGAAAAUCCUUUACGUAGAUGUUUUGUUAAUUUUUUCACUAUGUACAGGGUUUGUAAUAAAAUGAUUCAUUUCA